GCUGUUCCCUGCAAUGAUAGAUCUAUAUAAAUCUCCACCUAAUGCUACAAAGGAAGAAACAUAUCCUGUUUGUUCUAUCUCAAAAUGUCGAGAUGCUAUCUCGAUUUUUUUAGAUAGUAUCUCAACAUCUUUACAUACGUAUCUCAAAUGGAGAUAGUACAUUUUAUAAAUUGGUGUUUAUAAAAUAUAUUUUAUAAAUUGGUGGCUGGAUUGGGCUUCCUUCCAUACACGACAGUGCUGUUUUAAUGUGCUUAUCUGAUUUGCUUGGUGAGGCCAUGGCAUGAGGGAAUGUCCGUUGUCCCCAAUUGAGUGAAAAAAAUGUGGACCAUCCAGGUCUCCCUCAUUCUGAGCUUUCUGUGUGGAAGAGGAUUAGGAGGAGCAGCUAGAGGAGAGUGUGAAUGGGGUGUCAGUCUUUGUGAAAUCGGUGACCCCCUCAACCGCAUUUCAACCUGUAACUUUGAAAGUCCUCUGACCACCCUGUCAGGAGGCAUAGAGAUGCAGCAGUUCAGCACCAAGGUUCAGGACAUUAUAAAGACUCUGACUGACCAGCCAGUCAACACCCAGGAGAGUACCACUAGUUAUCUUGGCUUCCCUUACUACCUACGCAUAGACCUACUGUGUGGUUCAAAGGAGUCUUCUAAGCGUGCCAUUCGGGAGGCCCUUCUCACAGGGUUGACCCCCAAUGUAGUCCUGACCUUCCAGGAACCCGUCCACCCCAUCCGCCUCAAAUCGCAGAGACUGCAGAUCAUCCUUACCACAGCCCCCCUGCUGGACAGUGUGCCCUGUGACAGCGACCUGUGCCAGCUGGGUUGGUAUGCUCCCAUGCCCAUCCUUAAUGGGUCGGUAGUAUACAGGGUUCAAGUGGUGUCAAAUGGCCAGGGUCAACUGGUGCCUGAGAGAAGAUGCCAGCACUGGAGGACAUGAUGGUUUUGGGCAGUCCCUCUCGCCCUCUGUGGGCGGUGGUGCAGAGUUCUCCCGUCCUCAUCCUCCCUGGUAUUCCUGGCUUCAAGGCUGUUCUGAUGACCGCCACAGAGUUCCAGCACACCUCCCCCAUCGAGGUGGGCAUCGAGAGCUGUUGGGCAGGCUCCCUGAACUGCCCCCAGGUGGAGUUCUCCUCCAUGAUCUUGGAGGCAAUCUCCACAGAGAGCUCCCUGUUCAUCCGCCAGAACCAGCUGCUGCACCGCUUCGUGGGCAACUUCUCUCUGCUGCCUCUAAGAGCCCCGCCCUCA